AUGCGGCCAACUAGAUUUCUCGUCGCUAUUUAUCUCCUAUUUAUCGGAAGCGCCUUUGCCCUUCGAGCAGAAAGAGGUCACACCACCGGUAUAACGGCCACUGAUGCUAGAAUUUUGAACCAGCCACCCACAAAGCUCAGCCAGAGGGCUCCUCCUGCUCGCGCUGCAAAGACCGAUUUGCGCAAAAGACCAAAACGAAUAAAAGGGUGGUCUGGGAAACGCGAUAAGAAGUUCAAGAAUAAAAAGCCCGCGAAGAAAACCGCCCCAGCUCCAGGGCCGCCGAGCAACAAUCUCAAGCGUGGCGGGACAUGUGGGAAAGGACCCGGGGAUGGCCCUGGGCACUGUCGGUUUAAAAUCAACGGGCAAAAUGAAUUCAUGGGCUGUUGCCCUGGGGAGAAAAUGAAGACAAAGAUGCGAACUGUCGUGAUUGCAGCCCUUCUUAUUGGGCAGACUUUCGCAUAUGACCAGCUCCUCAACUUCAGAGCUGCGCCUGUAUAUGAAAACCGCUCCCUGGAUGAAAUUCACCAAGCUGCCCUGGAGGAAGGCGGAGUUGUCGCCGUCUGGCACGGUGGUGAUGAGGCCAACCAGCAAGAUGCGCUAAAGCAGGCGUUCGAAACCCGGUUCCCAGGAAUGACCCUGAACCUUACUGUCGAUCUCUCUAAAUACCAUGAUGGUCGUCUCGAUCAGCAGCUUGGGGAUGGCAAUGUCUACGUUGACAGCAUUAUCCUCCAAACGCUCCAUGACUACCCCCGUUGGGCUCAGGAAGGCGCCCUGUUGAACUACGCUCCCGUCGGCUUCGAUCAGAUUGAACACUCCUUCAAGGACGACACUGCGGCGGCCUGGUAUGGCCUGUAUGUCUUCUUCUGGUCUGGGGCCUUUAAUACCGAGAAGCUGCCUGGGAUUGAAACUCCCGUUGAGUGGAACGACUGGCUGCGCCCUGAGUUCAAGGACAAGCUUGUCAUUACCUACCCGAACGAUGAUGAUGCCGUGACAUGGGCAUUCUAUCUUGUGAUGCGUCAAUAUGGCACUGGAUGGUUCGACAGGCUCAUCUCUCAGAACCCCCGCUGGGUCAGAGGAACCCAGACUCCCAGCACUCUGGCUAGCGCCGCCAAUACCACCUCUGCCGCCUUCUUCGCAGGCUUCGGGGGCUUCGGCUCCCGAGGCAACCUCAACUUCACAGUCCCCAAGGAGGGCAAGUACGGAGCCAAGCUCCUCCACAACUUCAUCCUCACGCCCGAGUACCAGCAGGCAACUGGUCUAUGGCCUGUUCGUCGGGACGUCGCCCCUCCUGCUGGGUUCCCUGAUCUUUGGACCGCAAACGCCACGAACCCGGCUGAGUUUGCUCGGUUCAUGGCUGAUCGUCCUCUUGUUGAGAGAUUGAGGUUCUUCUUCGAAGCUAAGCUUGGUACUGCCGUCGGUCUAGAUCCUAUCUCGGAUGAUAUCUAG